UGUGUGUGUGGGGGGAGGGAGCAGCCCCGAAGCCAGAGAAGUAGAGACCCGCGUCGCUGAGCCAUGGGGUUCCGCAAGAAGAGCAAGAGCCCUCCGGUGCUGAGCCACGAGUUCGUCAUCCAGAACCACGCCGACAUGGUGUCGUGCUUGGCCAUGGUUAUCCUCCUCGGCCUGAUGUUCGAGGUCACAGCCAAGUUCGCCAUCAUGUUCAUCACAGUCCAGUACAACGUAACACAAGUUCUUGACGAGAGAAGCGAUCCGGUGAACCUCUACCAGUACGGCCCUAAAGACGUGACCACUGUGUUUUUCUACCUUCUCAUCGCGGUCAUCCUUCACGCCUUGAUACAAGAAUAUGUUCUCGACAAAAUGAACAGGCGGUUGCACCUGUCUAAAACCAAACACAGCAAGUUCAACGAGUCCGGCCAGCUGGCGGCGUUCUACCUGUUCUCGUUCAUGUGGGGCUGCAGCAUCCUCACGGCGGAGGACUUUGUGACAAAUCCUACUUUCCUGUGGGAAGGUUACCCACACACACACAUGGUCUUUCAGGUCAAGUUCUUCUACAUUUGCCAGAUUGCUUAUUGGCUCCAUGCACUUCCUGAGCUGUACUUUCAAAAAGUACGCAAGGAGGACAUCCCCCGUCAGCUCUAUUACAUUUGCCUCUACGUCGUCCACAUCACGGGUGCCUACGUCUUAAACCUCCACCGACUGGGCCUGGUGCUGCUGGUCCCUCACUACCUGGUGGAGCUCCUGUUCCACGCGUCACGCCUCUUCUACUUCAGUGACGAGAACAAGCAGAAAGGUUUUACUCUGUGGGCGCUCCUCUUCGUCAUCGCCCGCCUCCUCACCCUCACCCUCUCGGUCCUGACGUUUGGCUUCGGGCUGCCCCGGACAGAGAACCAGGGCUUUUCCCUCGCGGGAGGCAACUUCAAUGUGCUCACCGUAAGGAUGUCCUGUCUGGCAGCCAUCUGCCUGACCCAGGCUUGGAUGAUGUGGAAAUUCAUUAACUUCCAGUUGAAGAAGUGGCGGGAGCACAGCCAGAACCAGGCCUCCAAGAAGAAGGCGGUGAGCCCGAAGAGCAAGCCUCACAAAAAGGAGCCGGCGAGGGGAGGCGCUGCCAACGGGGUUGUGAAGUCCGAGGAUAAAACAUCAGCACGGGAAAGAAAAGCCAAAGCUUCGUAGAGGCGGAAGACAAAAAUAAACUGAGUGAGAAAGUUCGGACAAUUUCCGUCUUCACGCAACUUUAAAUUGGGUUUCCUGCUCUCCGAAAACAAAUGUUUGAAGCGCACGAAGAAGCCUAACGACUGUCCUUGUCAUUUUCCCCGUUUCUUUGUCAAGGUUGCAACUUCGUUUUUGAAAAAAAGUUCAGUGUAACCGUCUGCUAGAAGUGUUUAUUAUUCAUUUGGGUUCUUUGGAGGACAGUUUGAUGCUUUAGCGAGAGAGAGACUUCAAAGUGUCCUUUUUCUAUCGUGUAGAACUACGAUCACUCGCCGGGUACUUUUUAAACGUCGCCAAUUUGACAUUUGAAUCAUCCGUUAACGUCACCGUAACUUUACAAAGCGAAUUUUUCCACUUCAGGGCGAUGUAAUGUAUAAAGUGUUAAUGUGCAGAUGGACUCAUUCGGUAAAACUCAGUUAAAAAAAACAAAACUCAAGUCCCAAAAUCAAACCUUUCUUGCUCUGCAAGUCGUUUGACAGCCUCUGCCUUUUUUUUCCAAAUCCAACGUGUUGCAGGAUUGAGGCGCUUCUGAACUCCUUUUCUUUCCUUUUAUCACGCGCCCGGUGGGGGGGAGGGGGCUCGGCUCGGCUCGGCUCGGCUUUGUCCGGAGGAAGCUGCAUUGUAACCCUGCUGUGCUGUACGCGUACAGUGAAACCUUUCUAAUGGCAUGAUUGGAAAACUAUUUUUGAGGCUGCGAUCCAGUCUUUUUUAUGGCUAUGUCAAUGCAUGAUGGUUCAAGACUUGUUUGCAUCUCUCUAUCUCUCUCUCACACACACACACAUUCAGUGGCCUUUUUACAACUGGCGCGGGCGGUUUGAGUUAUUUAUUUUUUGCCAUAUAUAUAUACACGACAGAAAGCUAUUAUUUCCGAUGCUUUUGACGAGCUCCAGCCAGCAAACACGGCGGUACACGGCAAACUGUGUUCAGUCAAUCCAAACAAUCCAAUCUUUCUUCAAGUGUCCUUAUAAUGUCAGCGGUGUGUGUCGCUCGUUCUGCUCGUGUUGCGUUCUGUUGGCCUUCUCUGUUCGCUUUUUUUCUUUUUUCACUCUCUCGGGUAUCAGGGCACAAGCUAUCCACCACUUAAACUAUAAGUUACAUCCCGUGGUGCAACGGGAGGUGCGUGUGUAACACACACACACACACACACACACUGGCUGCCUACUGUAUAUGUUAAUUAACCGGGCGUGAACGAUGAUGAUGAUUAUUGGGACUUCGGUGGUCUUUUAAAGCCCCGAUGUCUGUGUGUGGCAGUGUCAUAGGAGGGAAAGAGGAGCAUAGGACGUAUGUACCAGCCUGUUUAUUAAACGGUCUCAGAUGUAAAAGAGGAAGAUUAAAAAAACAAAAACAAAAAUGAUUCCAACCCUACACUGUACUAAAAUGUCAGAUUUUUAAGCUAUUUUUAUACAGCGGAACCCGUUUUAUUCACUGUCGUUCAGUUACACGUGUGAAUAUUUGUUUUGCAUCCAUAUUGAUAUGAAUAGUUUUUGAUAUAUGCGAAUGAAGCUUGCUGAACUGUUAGCGUGGAUAUACAUUGCGGUACGAGUGUAAACGCGUCGUUUGUUUUCACUUCAUGGCCUUAUCGGAGCGGCGUGAACUCGACCGUACAACGCUCUGCUGCAGGUGUACUCUGCAGCUUUCACCACGACGUGUGUUACGGUCGUGAAGUUUGAAUAUAUAAUCGGACGAGCAAAUGGUCAGAGAGGCGUCGUGUUUGUUCCCGCCCCGAAACGAUAUUUUUCUUGCCCGUCGGAUGUCACACUGGACAAUAAUCGUCUCUGGAACACGCAGUUCACCACAGCCUGUACAAACACACAGGGAUGCACUUGUUUUGCAUACUAUGAUUAAUGUCGGAGCGCCACGCCGCUGCUCACUCGGGCUGUUUCUCAAUCGAUUACAAAUUUAAGAGUCGCUCGAUUUUCAAAUGUGUGCAUUUUGUAAUUGUAAAAAAAAAAAAGACCUGCAAUGAUGUAACUGUAUUAGAAACCUCUAGGUGGCAACAAUCUGUAAUGCUUUUGGCCUUAUGAGAUCACUUUAAAGAAAAAAAGAAGAAGAAAAAAAAAGACCACCACAUUUAUUGUAUCCUUUAUUAAGUCUGCAUCAUCCUUAAUUUGCUUUGAAUUCGCUGCUUGUUUAUAGAUGUUGCGAUAUAUAUAUUUCCUUUAAAAAAAAUAUGUUGACUCUAAACUGUUCUGAUGGUAUAUAUUUAUGCACAUUCUCGUGAGUUCUGAUCAUUUUUCUUUGUCACAAUUAUAUAUUUUCUUCAUAUUGGAAUAAAGCUUUUAUUCAUUACACAGACUUGA